AUGGCAGGACAGCAGCCAUUUGCCACGUCGAACUUUUUCAACUUCAACAUCACUGGUAUCCAGCAACAGGGGAUACAACAACAGCAGCAGCCACAACAACAGCAGCAACAAUAUCAACAACAGCUCUACCAGCAGGUACCAGUGCUGUAUAUUCCAGCAGUACAGCAGCCUCCGCAAGCUCCAGUACAGCAGCCUCCGCAAGCUCUGCAAGAGGAGAGGCAGAAACGCAUGGAAGCAGAACAGAGAGCAGCAGAUUUUGAGAGAAAAUGCAGGGCAGGCAGGGCAGUAGAAAGAAGAUUGAGGGAACAGCUGGGAAGAGCCGAUGAAAGGGUAGCUGAAUUAACAAGGAACCUCCAACUCUGUCAAACUCAGGAAGAAAGACAUAUCAAUGAGAUCAAUUUACUGAAGGACAAGAUGAAGGUCAGGUCAAAGAAGAAGAAGGCCAAGACGCAAGAAAGAAGAAGUCAGCAAAAGAAGGGGUCAAGAAAGGUCAAACCGAUAAGCCAGCUAAAACCACGCAGCUUCAGAAAAAGAAAAGAGACCCUCAAGCGAAAGCUUGUAGAGGCCAUCAAAGAUUUUGGCAAGGACGUGAAGAAAGCAAAGGUAAGAUAA